GUGAAGACCUGUCCUGCGUCCUACAUAACCCUCUGGCCAUUCACAAUAGUUUGGACUGUGUUACUGUUCCCACCUGUGGGAAUCUAUACCGUUGGAGAUUGCUGCAUUCCUGAUAUUUCAAAAUAUCCAGUCAGAGGCUGGGCUUUCCAACGAUCCAAGGAUAUGACAUGAAUCGCACCAUUGGAAUCUUUAAUAUUAUCACCCCAUGUUUUUUGGGGGAGAGAAUUGGACUUUCCCUUUACCACUGCCCAUUUAUGCAGCCUAAUUCUCCAUAGCCAAUACUGCCAUUGCUCCGUGGGGAAAAUGCAUUGCACACGAAAGAAGCGACUGCAGCUGAGCCGGGUGCUGUUUCUUCUCUCUGGGGUUUUCCUUUGUACCCUCUACCAGCUGACCAUCAGUGCCAGAUUGUCUGGGCCUUUGCCCAUGCCUCAGAUUGGAGAGGACUCUGGAGAAGCUUCAGCAGACGGGGCUGAGGAGGUUACAGUGGAAGCUCAGGCGCUGGAGGAACCCGUCACUGCAACGCAUGCAUUAGAGCUCACGGAUCAAACAACGCCACAGGUGCCCACGACACAUCAUACUGACACAGCUUUAGAUUUUGAAGCAUCCCCCACUACCACCACCACUGCCACCACCACCACUACCACCACCACCACCACCACCACUGAAUCCCCACUAUCACCCACUACAAACCGGACGAUUGUGCACUGCAUCUAUGUGGCUCCUGAGCCUCCACAAGAGACACCCCUACCGGUGACCCCGCCACCAGAACCCGCUACCACCACCAUCGCCGCUACCCUUCCUCCCCCGGCCCCUCCUGGUGAAGCUCCACACAUAAAGGGUGAAUACCCCCCAGAUCUCUUCUCUGUUGAAGACCGCAGGAGAGGCUGGGUGGCCCUUCACAUUUUUGGGAUGAUUUACAUGUUUGUAGCACUUGCCAUUGUGUGUGAUGAGUUCUUUGUUCCUGCCCUUGGGGUAAUCACAGACAAGUUAGCCAUCUCUGAUGAUGUUGCAGGGGCCACUUUCAUGGCUGCCGGUGGCUCUGCCCCUGAGCUUUUCACCUCCUUGAUAGGCGUCUUCAUCGCCCACAGCAACGUGGGCAUCGGCACCAUCGUGGGCUCUGCAGUCUUCAACAUUUUGUUUGUAAUAGGCAUGUGUGCUUUAUUUUCUCAUGAGAUUCUCCAUUUGACCUGGUGGCCGCUUUUCAGAGAUGUGUCCUUUUACAUUUUUGACCUCAUCUUGCUCAUCAUCUUCUUCUUGGACAAUUUCAUAAUGUGGUGGGAAAGCGUACUGCUGGUGGGCGGUUACACUUCAUAUGUGGUUUUUAUGAAGUACAAUGUUGAAAUAGAGAAGUCCUUCAAGGCCCAACUCCACAAACACCAGAGCAUUGUCAGAGUCAUUGCCGUGGAGGAGCCCGAAAAGGGAGAUGGAGAAGGUGAUGAUAAUGCCGCACCUGCUCCAGACGACAAGAACCGGCUAAAGUUGAAGCCAGCCCUUCAGCGAGGGGGAAGUUCAGCCUCUUUACACAACAGCACCAUGAGAAACACCAUCUUCCAACUUAUGAUCCACACUCUGGACCCUCUAGGGGAGGGGAAAUUUAAGGAUAAGGCUGAAACCCUGAACAAUGUGGCCAGUGGGAGCAAGGACAGCAAAGCCAAAACUGAAGAAGGUGAUGGAAAAACUGAGAAGCCCAAAGAGCCAGAGCCCGCCCCGGCGAAAGACACAGAGAAGAAGGAUCAGCCAGAGGACAAGAAGGUACUCGCCAACUAUGUCCUGGUGGUUCACAAAAAGCACAGAAGUGAUUCUAUGAUACCUGUCUAUGAGGAUGAGCCGGCAGGAGAGGGUGGAUCAGAAGGCUCGGGAGACUCUGGGAGUGAUGAUGAUGAGGACGACAGUGACGAGGACAGUGACGAGGACAGUGACGAUGACAGUGAUGAGGAGGAAGAGUGGGUAGAGGAAAAUGAUGAGCCUCUGUCUUUAGAGUGGCCUGACACAAGACGUAAACAAGGCACCUACUUGCUCCUGCUGCCCAUAGUUUUCCCCCUGUGGCUCACGGUUCCUGAUGUUCGCAACCCUAAAUACAAAAAAUUCUUUGUGAUGACUUUCCUGGGCUCCAUUCUCUGGAUUGCUGUGUUCUCCUACCUCAUGGUGUGGUGGGCCCAUCAGGUGGGCGAGACCAUUGGCAUCUCCGAGGAAAUUAUGGGCUUGACUAUCCUGGCUGCAGGCACCUCCAUCCCUGACCUCAUUACCAGUGUGAUUGUGGCACGUAAAGGCCUGGGGGACAUGGCUGUGUCCAGCUCUGUGGGCAGUAACAUCUUUGACAUCACUGUUGGUCUGCCAAUCCCAUGGCUCCUGUUCUCGCUCAGCCAUGGUUUGGCUCCGGUGCAGGUCAGCAGCAAUGGGCUUUUCUGUGCCAUCGUGCUGCUUUUCCUCAUGCUUCUCUUUGUCAUCAUCUCCAUUGGCACCUGUAAAUGGAAGAUGAACAAGAUUCUCGGUGCCACGAUGUUCCUGCUGUACAUCAUCUUCCUGGUACUUAGCGUGAUGCUUGAGGAUCGCAUCAUUAUCUGUCCCGUAUCAAUCUGAAACUGUGGACUAGAGCCUCGUGACCUGCGGCAGCACCGUUACACCAAAGUGUGUGUGGAUUUUGUGGUGCUGAGGGUCUUGCUGUCUGCAGAAUCUGUUUCACAAAGCAACAGUGGUUGCUCUGUGUGGCUGAUAGUGACAUUGGGAUGUCAGCAGAAAUACACAUUACAUGUUACAUACUUAGUAUUUGUUACACAAGAAUGGCUGCUUUUAAUGGACAUUUUGCUUUACAUCACUGGUAAAUAACAAGGUCCAUUGAAGAGGACAGUCUAAUACAACAGUUUAGAAAGUGCAAUGGCAGCACAGAGGUAUAUGAAUGAAAACUUGAGGGGGAGAUAACAUUUAUUUUGCAGGUUUACAAAAUAGGGUCUAUUGGAUGGAAUUAGAAAACUAGUAUGUGUGCAUAUUUGUCAAAUCUACGAGGUUCCUUAUUGUGAAUUUUGUAUAAUAUGUAAGUUUACACUUUCAUCUGCUGAAUUCCUUUUUGUUUAACAUGCAACUCAACCUAGCAAACCCAUGCUUGCUCCACUUAACUGUGCUGUGAGGAACAGCAGCUUGUUUUUUUAUUGUUAUUUAUUUAUUUAUUUUUUGUAAAUAGGUUAGGCACAGUGCUCAGUCCGGAAAAAAUGAAUUCCUUUGUUCACUGACAUCCGUAGAAUAAGUGUGUUUAUUUAUAAUUGAAAACAAAUUAUAGAUCCAGUCAGGCAGAAAAUUAAUUUUUUUAUGUAAAAAUUAUACAAAUUAGUAUCUGUGUUACAAAGGAUAAAUAAUACUUCAAAAACAUUGUUUAAAUUGACCAACAGUGUAAACAACAUACAGACAUCAAAUGAUGUUUUGGUCAUCAGUUUUUUUUUUUUUUUGUUGUUGUUUUUUUUUGUAGUCAUUGGUUACAAGGUGGUGUUCACAUAGGUUUACAAUGCAGAUUUACAUACCAUGAGUCAAAGUGUUUAUUCCAAGCACACAGCCUUUCAAAAAAAAAAAAGAAAGAAAGAAAAAAAGAUCAGCCUGUUAUAUAUCAUGAGUUGUUGUAGUGGAAAUCUGGGAAUGAGCAGUGUGAGGUGCAUCGAGCCACAAACAGGCUUGAAAACAGCCAGAUUUUUGUCAGUUAACGAUAUUAAGAACACAAUAUUAACGUUGUGAACCAUCAGAUUUAAUCCCGUACAUUUUAGGAGACAUGUUUGUUGUUCAACCUUAACAUCUUUGACAAAACAGUUUGAGUAUCCUUUCUUAUGCUUAGUGCAAAAAAAUCCUGUCUAGAACUGGUAUCUGUUCAGGGAAUAUUAUUUGAGCAGUCGGUUUAAUAAUAUGCGCUGUGGUUAAAAUGUCCUUUGCAAUAUGCAAGACCAAACAGUGCAGUGUUUUGAAAAUGGGUUUGUGAAUUUGCUGAAAUCUACACUGUACAAUGAAGGCCAUAAGGGAAAUAUACAAAAUACCAGAAUCAAAUACUCUGUACAAUUUUUAGGUCCAUUAUAGUGUAAAUAAAUUGAUUUCUUUAUGAAAAUAUUGUGUCGAUUAAACCAAUAGAAACAUUUA